GGAAACAUGAUGAAAGUAUUGAGGGGGCAUCAGAACUGGGUGUACAGCUGUGCAUUCUCUCCUGACUCUUCUAUGCUGUGUUCAGUUGGAGCCAGUAAAGCAGUGGUGGCAGCAAUAUUGGUGUGAUUGAGGUUAUGCUGGCACCACUCGCACACAGGCGCACAAUGGUGUUAGCUGGGCAGAAAGAGUGGCAUCUCUGGCUACCGGGCUGGGGGCGACCUUUACCAUAGGAUGAAGUAACCUUGCAUUCGGCUGCAAGGUGUACUGUACGUACACAGGUGCUGGUCGAUGUCCACUUUCUGCUUUUCUUUCUUUCUUUUUUUCUUUUUUAAAAUAAUUUUCCCCACAGUGAAAUCCACUGACUCCUCCGAGUAAAUUGAUCUUCCAGUUUGAUGGAAUUGGGAGUCUUGACAAGUGAAACCAAUUAAAUGUAAAGUAAUUGACCUUCAAAUGGUUUCUCUGUGCUAUUUUUUGGAAUUCUUUAAGAUGCUAGAGAUAUCUUAAGUCUUUGAUCCAACUUUAAAUUUGUACUUAUUUUCCUUUGCAAAUAAUAUAUUGUGUCUGUGCAGAAAAAAAGUAGCAAAAAGGAUUGCUUUACUCCAAGAGGAGGAGACAUUGUCUUACUAGGAUUGUUACAAACCUCCAAGCUCACAUUUAAUAUAACAGAUUGAAGUAAACAUUAGAAUCCUAUUUGGAGCUAUUCUGCACAGUCUAACUACUGAUCUUUAGAAUCUAAAACUGUAUGUGAACUUGUUCUUAAAUAAUUUAACUGUUUUAUACUUAAAAUGACUAAUGAUUGCGGUCAGUUUGGGAAAAAUAAGAUUGGUAAAUCUUGAUUCACAGAAAUGUUGUAAUUGUAUUAUUUUCAUAAAAUAGCAUUUUCAUUUUGUAAUGUGGUUUAACAUCCUUGUUGUUUGCCAAAAAAUUUCAUUUGGCUGUGAAAAUUCUCUUUGCUUGCAGUAUCUAUUUCUCUUCCUAGGCUCACGUUGGUGACCCAAGCCUAUUGUAAACAAGUGAUUAUCUCAAAGGGAGAUGCCAAUGGAGUAACAAUUUGUUAACCUUACGUUUUCUGUCUGUAUAUUUUUUAAAAAUUUGGUAGUUUCUGGAAAAAAAGAGAAGGGGGUUUGUAGUAUUUAACCCUAUUUAUUUCUGUAUAUUUUAGUUAAUUAGUUUUUGGAAUAAAUGGAUUUCAGUAUAACUUUGUGGUUAAAUUGCAUUGCCUUUAUGUUUAGGCUUAUUUUUUAAUUAACAUUUAACAGAAAAACAUUUGAAAUAGAAUUUGCAUGUCUGCUUUAAUUAACUUAAAGACUGAUUUUAAUCUAUGACACUGAGCAUAUUCUUUAAAUUACUCAUAAUUUAUAAUGUUUAAUUUAAUAUAAUCUUAAUUAAAUUUAGCAGUUUUAGUUUAAGAUGUGCCAUUUUAUCCUCUGUGUGUCUGAAUGAAACUAUAACAUGUGCCGUUUUAUUGCAGGUUUUCCUUUGGAAUAUGGAUAAAUAUACCAUGAUACGGAAACUAGAAGGACAUCACCAUGAUGUUGUAGCUUGUGACUUUUCUCCUGAUGGAGCAUUACUGGCUACUGCAUCUUAUGAUACUAGAGUAUAUAUUUGGGAUCCAUAUAAUGGAGACAUUCUGAUGGAAUUUGGGCACCUGUUUCCCCCACCUACUCCAAUAUUUGCCGGAGGAGCAAAUGACCGAUGGGUACGAUCUGUAUCUUUUAGUCAUGAUGGACUGCAUGUUGCAAGCCUUGCUGAUGAUAAAAUGGUGAGAUUCUGGAGAAUUGAUGAGGAUUAUCCAAUACAAGUUGCACCUUUGAGCAAUGGUCUUUGUUGUGCCUUUUCUACUGAUGGCAGUGUUUUAGCUGCUGGGACACAUGAUGGAAGUGUGUAUUUUUGGGCCACUCCAAGGCAAGUCCCAAGCCUUCAACAUUUAUGUCGCCUGUCAAUCCGAAGAGUGAUGCCCACCCAAGAAGUCCAGGAGCUGCCGAUUCCUUCCAAAGUUUUGGAGUUUCUCUCCUAUCGUAUUUAGAAGACUCUGCCUUCCCUCCUUUUAAUAGUAGGGACUGACAGAAUACACUUUACACAAACCUCAAGCUUUACUGACUUCAACUGUCUGUUUUUAAAGAUUUAGAAGAUUUAUUUAAUUUGAUACGUUCUUGUGCUGCAUUUUAAUCAGUUGAGCUUUUAAAAUAUUUAUAGACUAAGGAUGAUAGAAAUAUUUCUGAACAUAUCAAAUGUAAAAUUUUUUAAGUUCUAACUGUGAAAACAUAUACAUACAUGUAUAUAUUUAGAUAUAAGCUGCUAUAUGUUGAAU